UAGAAACCCUUCUUUUCUCUAUUUAAGCGCGCCAACAAAGACUCUUACAGGAGGUCUAUCUGUACUUCAUUCACAGACGCACAACACCGCCUGUUUUCCUCUCUCCACCGUCUCUCCUAUCGUCCUGAAAAGAUGCCAGAGGAAACGUCCACCGCGUCCAGCUCUGGGAGUGUGGAGGAGAAGCCGUGCUCAUCAUCAUCAUCAGCUGCUGCAGACAGCUCUGUGGACGUCAUGGAGGAGGCAAAGAAACUGAUUGGCACGGGGAACAGACAUCUAGUGAUGGGAGACAUUGUCUCUGCUGUUGGUGUUUUCCAGGAAGCCUGCAGCAUGCUGGCGGCGAAGUAUGGGGACACUGCAGAUGAGUGUGGAGAGGCUCUCUUCCUGUGUGGGAAGUCCCUACUGGAGCUUGCCAGAAUGGAGAACAGUGUACUUGGUAAUGCCCUGGAGGGAGUCCCAGAAGAAUCGGAGGAAGAGGAGCAGCCUAACUCAAAUAUUGAGAGUGCCAACAACCUUGAUGAAAAAACUAGAGAUGAGCUACGAAAGCAGGUCUAUGAUGCAAUGGCUGAGAAGGAAGAGACUGUGGCAGCUGACAACAAGCUGAAGUCUGAAGAUCCAAAGAGCCCUGCUGAGGUGAAAAAAGAAAAUGGUGUGGCAGAGUGCCCAGUCAAACACGUGAAUGGAUCAGAGAAAACAUCGGACUCCCCUGUGAAUGGGCAAGAGAAGAGUUCAGUCCAGGAAACCACAGUGAAUGGAGCCGAGAAGACCCCGGGUGCUCCUGUGAAUGGUGUGGGAGAAAGUCCUACUGGAUCUCCUGGAAAGGAAAAUGUGACAGCGAAGGUACAAAUUGUUAAAGAGCAGAAUGGAGAGGCGACUGAGGCGAAGCCAAAGGAUGAGGAAUCCAAACCAGAGGCCGAACAGAACGAAGAGGAAGCAGAGGGCAGUAGAUCUCUAGAUACUGAGCACUGUUGGUGUGGAUGGGAGGAGGAUGGAGAAAAAAAUGGACAAGAUAAAGAUGAGGAGGAAGUUGGAAAUUUGCAGUUGGCCUGGGAGAUGCUGGAGGUGGCUAAAGUCAUCUUUAAAAGAAAGGAGAGCAAAGAAGAGCAGCUGAUGGCAGCCCAGGCAUAUCUGAAACUCGGAGAAGUCAGUACUGAAUCAGGUAACUACCCCCAGGCUCUAGAAGACUUCCAGGAAUGUCUUACCCUGCAGCUGAAGCACUUGUCUCCCCACAGUCGUCUCCUGGCUGAGACCCACUACCAUGUCGCUGCCACACUGUGCUACAUGGACCAGUACAGCCAGGCCAUCCAGCACUACAACAGCUCCAUAAAAGUCAUCGAGACCCGUCUGGCCAUGUUGCAGGAGGUGAUAGAUGCAGCAGAUGGAGCAGCAGAAGAGAAGAAUGAGAUGGAGGAGCUGAAGCAACUUCUGCCAGACAUCAGGGAAAAGGUGGAGGAUGCCAAGGAGAGCCAGAGAACAGCCAGCACUGCCUCCCAGGCCAUCCAGCAAACACUAGGCGGUGCCUCGACCUCAACAGCAUUCCUAUGUGAAAACGGGGGCCCAUCAUCAUCAUCAUCAGCAGCAUUUGCAACAGCCAGCCAGAUUCCAGUUAAAUCAUCUGACAGCGCUUCAUCUUCCAAAGCAGUCUCAGACAUCUCCCACCUUGUCAGGAAAAAGAGGAAACCAGAGGAGGAGAGCCCAGUAAAGGACACUGAUGCUAAACAAGCGAAACAGGAAGCCACAGUUAAUGGCAGCGGUGACUCUAGUGCCAGCAACGGCAAUGGAGUCCAGGAGGGAAAAUCACAGGAGCCUGCCAGCCAGUCAGCCUCUGUCCAGUCUUCAGCGUGACGUUCCACGUCUUUCCUGAUCUUCAAAACCAGCACAGCAUGCCUGUCCAGCCCCUCUCCACCUUCAGCAAUUUUGUUUUGUAAAUAAGAUCCAUUUUCAUAGAUUUGUCUGUCCAGUUUUGUAUACUUGUAGUAAAAGAAAAUAAAGAAUU